AUGGCCAGUUCCACCCUAUCGGCUCUGCCAAUUUCGUCGUCGGCAGCAGCCACCACAUCGUCCGACAGCCUCCGCCUCGUCCCGUCGUCGCUUUCGCUCCACGGAAAUAAGCUACCGAUUCGGCGCUUCAGUUCGAGCAGCGUUGUUCUUAAAUGGCGUCGUCCGACGGUUGCCAGAAUCUCGUCUAGUCUCCCCACGACGAAGUAUGAUCCAGCUAAAGUUCCUAAAUGGUCCGCUAGAGCGAUUAGGUCGUUUGGAUUUGGGGAAUUGGAAGCGAGGAAGCUCAAGUAUCCGAAUACAGGAACUGAAGCCAUCCUAAUGGGCAUUUUGAUUGAAGGAACCAGUUCAGCUGCAAAGUUCCUAAGGGCUAAUGGAAUCACUUUCUUCAAGGUCAGGCAAGAAAUUGUAGACUUGCUUGGGAAAUCUGACUUGUUCUUCUUUAGUCCUGAGCAUCCACCGUUAACUGAACAGGCCCAAAGGGCCCUUGAUAAGGCCAUUGAAGAGAAACUAAAGUCAGGGGAUGAUGGAGAAAUAACCCCAUCACAUAUACUACUAGGGCUUUGGUCGGAAACCGAUUCUGCAGGUCAAAAGAUCCUGGAGACUCUUGGUUUUACGAAUGAAAUGGCAAAAGAGCUUGUCAACUAUGUAGAUGAAGGUGCCGCCUUGAGCUCUAGGUAG